AUGACAAAAUUACUAUGUACUGGAGAAAAGCAAAGGGCACAUUUUGUGUCAAAACCAGCUUCUCUCAACAAGCUUUGUUUGACAGGCACUUGUGAUCCAGAAAAUGUGCACCACAUCAUGACAUCAAACUUUUCAAGAUAUCUCAAAGGGCCCGAACGGAGAAAGAGAUUGGACAUAGUUGGAAAUCAUAGUUUUUUCAAUUCUGAUUUUGAAGAAUGGAAAUCACAGGAUGUUUUAAGCCACAGGAAGUUUUAUCAACUCACAGCAAAAACCAUUUCUGAUAUUUUAAAGAACCAGCCUUUUCCAGCUUUUGACUUUGGUAGCAUCAUCUCCACUGGUUUCAAUCCCAAGACUCUCUGUAUUGAAUUCCCAGAAAUUCCAUUUUCAAAUGCAAUUGAUGAUGCCUGGGAAGGAAUAUUUUCUCUGCAUAUUAUGCCGGAAAGCUUGUGGAAGCUUCAAAGGUGGCUUAGAAUUAUGAAAGAAAGAAAGUAUAGUAAUAGUAUUAAAACAGUAGAUGAGUUUGCAAUGAAGGAAAUUUCGAUUCGACGAGAAAUACAUAGCAAAUCAAUGAAAAGAAUGGACGUGGAGGAAGAAGAAAGUUUCAAUCUUUUGAAUCUCUACUUGAGUGAACAUGAGAUCUAUGGAGCAGCACUUACUGAUGAGAAAAUUAUAAGAGACAACUUGAUUGCACUUUUUUUUGUAGCUGAAGACACAAAUAGGAUAACUCUCUCUCGGUUCUUUUGGUUGAUCUCGAAAAAUCCCUUAGUUGAGAUGAAGAUCAGAGAAGAACUGAGAAGAAACUUGCCAUAA